UCCUCCCUGGCUUUGCCGACCCUCUGCUGACCCUCCGCCCACCGGUCCAGUCUAGCCCAGUCCAGUCCUCCCUAGGCCAAGCCGCCUCGCCCCAUCCCUCCCCAGUAUGCUUUUCUGGCACAACCAGUCGGAGCACUUCUGGCCCAGUCCGGGAGAAGUCUACCAAAGUCCCACCGGCAACCUGCUCAGGGAGCCGCUGGCCCUGCCCUACCUGAAGCAGGAGGAACCUCAGGCCAUCUCCACCUCGGACCUGCACUGCCCCGUUUUCCAGUACGUGCUCUGUGCCGCCACCUCGCCAGCCGUCAAGCAGCACGAGGAGACCCUCACCUACCUGAACCAGGGCCAGUCUUAUGAGGUGCGGAUGCUGUGCAAUCCCAAACUGGGUGAUGCCUCAGAGUGCCCACGGCUGCUCAAGAGCGUGGUGCGCGUGGUUUUUCACGACCGGCGCCUGCAGUACACGGAGCAGCAGCAGCUGGAAGGCUGGAGGUGGAGUCGCCCCGGUGACCGGAUCCUGGACAUAGACAUCCCCCUGUCGGUGGGCGUGGUGGAGCCGCAGGUCCUCUCUUCCCUGCUCAACACGGUGGAGUUCCUCUGGGAUCCGGCCAAGAGGACGUCGCUCUUCCUGCAGGUGCACUGCAUCAGCACCGAGUUCACCCCUCGGAAGAACGGUGGGGAGAAGGGCGUCCCCUUCCGCAUCCAGAUCGACACGUUCCGCCCGGGGGAUAAGGCGGUGGGCCCGGACCACCUGCACUCCGCCAGCUGCCUCAUCAAGGUCUUCAAGCCCAAGGGCGCAGAUCGGAAGCAGAAGACGGACAGAGAGAAGAUCGAGAAGCAACCGCCCCUGGAGAGGGAGAAGUACCAGCCGUCCUACGACACCACCGUGCUCACUGAGUGCACCCCAUGGCCCGAAACCUCUUGCAGCCCGCACGCGCCUCCCAGCCCCCUCUGCUUCUCCUCCCCUCACCCCUACAAGCUGCUGAGCCCGGAGAGGGUCUGUUCCUCCCCCCCCCUCUCAGACGGCUCCGUGGACAGCCAGGCCGAGGCUCUGAGCCCCGGAGCCUCCAUUCCCGAGGCCCAGCAGUGGCUACACCGCCAUCGCUUCUCCAGCUUCUGCAGAAUGUUCGCCAACUUCACCGGCGCCGACCUGCUGAAACUGUCCCGAGGGGACCUCAUCCAGAUCUGCGGAGCGGCUGAUGGCAUCCGACUCUCCAACGCCCUGAAAGCCAGGUCCGUCCGGCCCCGGCUCACCCUGUACAUCUCCCGUGAAGCCCAGCCUCCGGGAGGCGAGAGCCCCAAGACCCCAGAUUCAAGCCCCCCGAUGCCUGCACCCUCGCCAGCCCUGUACCAGGAAGUGUACCUGGAAGAACUCAGCUCGGCAGAACUGACAGCCAAGCUGGCUGACCUCCUGACCCUCCCGGCCAAUCGGAUCCAUCGCCUGUCCCGCCAGGGCCCCGCCGGCAUCCUCGUUCUUAUUAGUGACCUGGUGGUCAGGAACAUGGUGGAUGAAUCGUGCUUUGUGGCCAUUGUAAAGAAAGUGCAGAGCCCAGAGGGCUACCACCUGAUCCUGAGAUAAGUCCCGUCCCGCUCUGACGUCAGGAGACGGAAGCCAAGUCACCGUCCCCCUUCCUCCAGGGGGUGCCCAGAGGAGCGGUUCGGCCAAGGGUCUGGGCCCACGGGCCGGUUCACCAGGCUGCAGCCUCCACGGCUCCCCUCUGCUUCCCGCUGCCCAUUUCUGCUCUGUGAGCACUCCUCUGGAAGGCAGAGGGCGGGGAGGGGGGCACCCAGAGUCAGGUUUGCGGGGUCGGGGGGGGGGGG